UAAGAAUCCCAAGCAGUGGAGAAAGUGAAGCCAUCUAUACCUGGCUUGAAGUAAACUGUCCAAAAAUAAAAGCAAAUUGCACUUUUGUGUUAUUACAUGUGACACAGAUAACUGACAUUUGUUAACGAGCUGCCGUUUGACUAUGGGAGCAAACAACAGCACCCGCCGCGUGUCAUUUGAAUCAGACGAGAACGACAAUAUAACGGUGGUGAAGGGCAUACGGCUUUCUGAAAAUGUCAUUAAGCGCAUGAAGGAACCUGCAGCUCCUCCAACACAACAACAACCUGCUACCACUCCAUCACCCCCAGCAGCUCCAACUUCUCCUCUUCAGCGGCCAGUGCCUCCCCUCUUUGAGCCCAUCACCUCCUUUCCUCCUCCCCCUCCUCCUCUUGUUGAACCUGUUGCACCUCCAGCUCCUCCUCAGUUUGCCACAGAGUCUGUGGCUGCACCUCCACCUCAACCUCCCGUAGAAAAGGUAACAGCACCCACCACUGCUGACAUAGUUCCCCCAUCUUCAUUUCCCCCAGCUGCUGCUGUUGCUGCCGCUGGCAUUGUUGCUCCUGCUGUUGAGCCUGUAGCAACACCUUCUCCUGUUCCUGCUUCUGUUUUUGCUCCUGCUGAUCCCCUGCUUCCUUCCCCCUGCCCUGCUCCAGCUGUAGUGGAAGUAGUCGCCCCGCUUGCUCCUCCUCCCCUUGUAGGUGAGCAAUCUCCUCUUAAAAAUGAAUCCACUGCUUCCUCCCUUCCACUUGCUCAACCUGUUGUUCCUCCACAUGUGGCUGAACCCUUUACUCCUUCAUCUGUAGCUGAGCCUUUAUCACCCCCUUUUCCUGUCAAGACUGAGCCGAUCACCUCUCCUCCCCCUCUUACUGACUCCGAACCCCUCUCCUCCCCUUCUGUUUUCGAGUCUGUCAACUUCAUGCCACCACAGCCUGCCAAGCCAUUUGUUGCAUCUCCCUUGCCUGAAUUUAAUGCUCCUUGUGAACCAGUUGCCCCUCCUCCUCCUCCUCCUCAGCCCAAAGUUGAACCAGUGCCCAAUUCCAAACCAGUCCCACCACCUCCUGCCGCAUCAGUUGCCGAUGAGGAGGCCCUGAGGAAGAAGAUCGCUGAUGAGCUGUAUAAAGACUUGAAGCAAGAGAGGGCCAAGGUAGAGCAAGAGCUGCAAGCCUGGGUAGAGGCAGAGAAGGCCCGGGCAUCAGCACAGGCACAUGCUGAGGCUAAGUCCCAAGUGCAUGGUGAAGUGUCCAGGCUCCUGUCUGAACAGCGAGCUGCGGUCCAAGAGAGCCUUCAGCAGGCUUUCAUACGGGAGAGGAUUGCUGCUGAGGAUGAGAAGCUCCGUGCUCACUUAUUAGAGAUUGGAAGGAAGGCCAAGCAGGUGGAGGCCAAGGAAGCAGAUCUAAAGAAGCAGGAUGCUUUUUACAGAGAGCAAGUGGCCCGGCUGGAGGAGAGGAGUUCUCAGUUCUACAAGGUCACCACUGAGAAUUUCCACAAAGCUGCAGACCAAGUGAAUGCCAAAUUCAGGAGGUAUGAGGCGUAUCCGGUGUGUGCAGACCUGCAGGAACAAAUCCUCACAUGCUACAAAGAGAAUGUGGGGAAAACCCUUCACUGCUCCAACAUAGCAGCCCGUUACCUGCAGUGUGUCAGCGAUGCCAAACAGAAUGACAAGUUUGUGCAUGCACCCUCACGGGCAGAUAAUAUAACAAGUUGAAGACUGGGGGAUAAAGAAGAGAGGGCGAGCGAGAAGGAGCAAUGAAGAGUUUAUUGUGGGGGAUUUCUGAUUAUUGAGCGACUGACAGACUAAACCAGAGUGGAGGAAGAGGGGGAUGAGUCAGCACCGAGAAACACACCCUCAAAAACCCAGUGGAGAACCAACCCAGAACAGAACCAGAUUAGAGGCACCGAGCACAGCACCUUCAGAGAAAAACACCUUUUCCCUUCAAUACUUACCUCUUCAGCACCUCUUUUACCCUGUGUCUUUCUCUCCUGUGAGUGUGUAACAGAGGAGCAGUGACACUGUCCUACAUUUUGGAGAAACAUCAGGUACCAGCAGGGAUCAGACGGCCUGAGCUUGGCCCUCUAAAAAGGGAUAAUGAUUAACCAGCACUGCCUCAAGAAACCAGUCACCUCUGUCCCUUGGACCCUUCUCCACACUCUCCCACUUGGAAAAAUAGAAGUCUAUUUUAUUGAUAAGUCAAAUCUAUUUUGUCCAUAAUUCGUUGUUUUCUUGCUCCUAAUGCAUCGUUGUGUACACAAAUGCAUGUCUGUUUGCAUCCGUUUACUUUGUGUGAUUAUUAAUAAUAAAACCAUCUGUGUGUUGAGUUUUCAUCUAGACCAGCACUUGUGACAAUGUCUGAGCAGGAAAUAAAAAGACAAAAUAAA